AUGGACACAUUUGUUACGACAUUUGAGUGCAUGAAAAUUAAUGCUUUCAAUGAUGCCGGGGGGUCCACUGUAUUUGAUUCUGAUACUCAGCAAUCCAAUGAAUUGAAAAAUUCAGCAAACUCUGCCUGCUCUGAUGCCUCUAAUGAUGAAUGCAAGGAUUCAUCACUCUUCACUCCCAUGGAACCCAGUGCCAUUUUAAAGCACGUCCAAGUACAUCCACUGUCUGGCAAGGGUAAUUGUAUGUUUACUAGACGGCACGUAGCGGCGGGAGAUGUGAUAUUUGUAGAGGCCCCGUUGUUUGUCAUAUUGCCAGAUAUGUACAAAGAACUUUGGGAGGUAUUAACGGCAAUACAUGCUGAGCAGCCACUGGAACUGGCACCAAUAUGGCAUUUGGCAGCAUUAGCCUCUCUUAUAUUCGGAGGCAUUGAGAAAAGAAAGAAGAUGCUACUUAAGUGGGCUCCUGAGGUGAAAUCAAUCCAUCCUGAUAUAAUCCGUGUUGCGGACAGAAUCGGCGCUCUAAAAAAUCGCAAUGAGAAUGAGCACAAACAAAUGCUAUACGAGUACCAGCGACUGAUCCAAAUGUGGCCCUGUAACGCAUUUGGCCAUUCACUUCACGAUGAAGGGUUACUACUGUAUGAGUGCAUGUCUUACGUUUCACAUUCUUGUGACCCUAGUUGCUGCUGGCAUCAUGUGGGAGAUGGGAAUUUUGUAUUACGUGCUAGAAGGUAUUUAAAUCCAGGAGACGAAAUAACGAUAUCUUAUCUCUCUGAGUAUGAUCUCCUUUGUUCUGCUGAUGUUCGAAGAGACAAACUUUCCAAUUGGGCCUUCGUGUGUGAGUGUGAAAGAUGCAUAUUACCGAUUGACUAUGCCCGGGGUUUCAUUUGUUCAAAUUGCCAAAUAGGCACCGUAUACAUUCAAAACGACGAAUCUUCCAAGUGCAAUUCGUGCCAUCGCAAAUUAUCCGCAGAGCAAUUUGCUGAGUGUCUCAAAUUUGAUGAAGACUAUAGGAAUCGCGUUAAUUCAAUAAAUAAGAACGACUACAACGACGUAAUCCAGGUGUAUGAAAGGGCACAAGACAUUUUUAAGCAGCAUUGGAUAAUAUAUACCCUGGAGUCGUAUAUGUAUGAGCAUUUUGCCAAGAAUUCCCUUUCCGACCGUAUAAUGCAAAUGCAAAUAAGUCGUAUUGCCUAUAUUGAGAAAGCAUUUGGAGGCGCGACUUACACUGCUGCUUUCAUAUUUGAGGAACUUGGAGACGUAAUAGCAUCCAGUAUCGGAUUUGAUUUUGAAGCUAAAUCAACGGAUGUUAUUGAAGAAUAUAGCAAGAGCAUGAUGGCAAAGUAUUACUACCGUUCUGCUGCGUUAUUGCAGGUGCUUUGUGGCUCAAGCCAUGACUACUUCCUAUCAGUGUACAAUAAGAUGAACUUGAUAAGGGGGUCCCUAAGAGCUUAA